UCGGAUAACAGGGAAGCAAUUACGGAUUGGAAGCGACUGGACUGGACUAAACAAGGAUAGCCCUGCAAAGAUGAAAAGAAAGCUAUUUGAGAAACAAAAUGUUUAACAAAUUCAACGCCCCUCUCUUUCUGGGUCUUACAUUUCCCUGCUUCAACUAUUCUUGGUAGAGAAAAGAAUCGAUCUUUCAUCUAUAAAGCAAGCCACAGUCACUGUAUGUUAACCCUUUUGUCUGUUUAGCUUUACUUUUUCUUGUUUCUUGAUUCAGUUGUAUCUUUAAUGUAUUGCAUAUGUUUUACAUAUCGAUGCCAUUCUUGUGCUUUUUCACAUUUUCUAUGCCCGCUUCAUUCAUCCAUAGCAAUACAACUUCCUUCUCUUACUUAUGCUCACAAUGGAAAGUCAAGUAUUAGGAAAAACCUAGGAUUUUUAAUUCCUCUGCUCUGUCAAUGCAAAACCUGAUAUCUUAUUCAUACAAGAAAUUCGUUAAAUCUAGGACAGUGUAGUUAGGUCUCUCUGGCUUCGUAAUUGUGUUCUGCUCAUGGCAACUUUGGUAAAUUCAGUCUCUCCUUUAACCAACCCAUUCACUGACACUGCAAGAAUAGCUUGCGGAUUCUUUUCCCAUGUACCAAAUCUUCAUUCGUUCUCACUUAACAAAGGAUUUGCUAGGGUUUUAGCAUCUACCCAGAUCACAAUUUCCCCCAAAGACUCUGUCGUCACACUACCCAAUUGGAGAUCCGGUAAGAAUGACCAUAGAAAUAGAGAAACUAGGCUGAAUGAUGCAUUUUUCCAUCUGGAAUGUAUGGUUAAAAAGGGACACAAGCCUGAUGUUGUUCAAGCUACACAGAUGUUGUAUGAUUUGUGUAAGUCAAAUAAGAUGAAGAAGGCGAUAAAAGUGAUGGAAAUGAUGAUUGGGUCUGGUAUUAUUCCUGAUGCUGCUUCUUAUACUUUCUUGGUGAACCAUUUGUGCAAAAGGGGGAACGUUGGGCAUGCAAUGCAAUUAGUGGAGAAAAUGGAAGAAUAUGGCUAUCCAACCAAUACAGUUACCUAUAAUUCGCUUGUUAGAGGGCUUUGCAUGCAUGGAAACUUGAAUAAAAGCUUGCAGAUUCUGGAUAGGCUAAUGCAGAAGGGGUUGGUCCCAAAUGCAUUCACUUAUUCAUCCUUGCUCGAAGCAACUUAUAAGGAAAGAGGGGUGAAUGAAGCAAUGAGGCUUUUAGAUGAGAUUAUAGCCAGGGGUGGGCAGCCUAACUUGGUUAGUUACAAUGUUCUCUUGACUGGGUUGUGCAAGGAAGGUAGGACUGAGGCGGCAAUUCAAUUCUUCAGGGAUUUGCCAUCAAAGGGGUUCAAUCCAAAUGUUGUUAGCUAUAAUAUUAUACUGCGGAGUCUCUGUUACGAGGGACGAUGGGAGGAGGCAAAUGAGCUUCUAGCUGAAAUGGAUGAUGAGGAACGCUCUCCAUCCAUAGUUACCUAUAAUAUACUAAUUGGUUCACUCGCCAUCCAUGGCAGGACAGAACAGGCCCUUCAGAUUGUUGAUGAAAUGAUGAGCGGACCAUUUAAGCCCACUGCUACAAGCUAUAAUCCAAUAAUUGCUCGCCUUUGCGAAGAGGGGAAGGUGGACAUUGUGGUUAAGUGUCUAGACCAAAUGAUUUAUCAUCGCUGUAAUCCAAAUGAGGGAACAUUCAAUGCCAUCGCUGUGCUCUGCAAGCAGGGAAAGGUGCAAGAGGCAUUCUCCUUAAUCCAAAGCUUGGGCAAUAAACAAAAUUCCUCCAUCCAUGAAUUCUACAAAGGUGUGAUCUCCUGCUUGUGUAGAAAGGGGAACACAUAUCCAGCAUUUCAGCUUUUAUAUGAGAUGACGAAGUAUGGAUUUACUCCUGAUUCUUACACUUAUUCAUCUCUAAUUAGGGGGUUGUGCAUUGAAGGAAUGCUGUACGAAGCUAUGGAGAUCUUCAGGUUAUUGGAAGAAAAUCAUUAUAGUCCUGAUGUUGAUAAUUUAAAUGCACUUAUACUAGGGUUUUGUAAAUCUCACAGAACAGAUUUGUCCUUAGAAGUUUUCGAGAUGAUGAUUGAGAAGGGGUACAUGCCUAGUGAAACAACUUAUGCUAUUAUAGUAGAAGGAAUUAUCCAUGAAGAGAAAAAGGGGUUGGCAGCAGAAGUUUUAAGAGAGUUGCAUCGGAGACAAGUCAUGAGUCAAAAUACAGUUGAAAGACUUUGUAUGCAAUAUGACCUUGAAGGUGUACCAGUAUAAAACCAUGUGCGCUAGCCAGAAUACAAAGAAUAACCACAAUAACCCUAGCUUGAGGAUCCCAACAGCUAUUCCUCUCCAAGAAAUUUAUAUUGUCUCUUCAGACUGAGAGUCAUGCCAAAUCACGAAAUUUGUGGACCGAUGAUUGACGAGCGGCUUCACUGGAACAUUGGAAAUUUGUUCAAAUUUUCCGAAGGUCAGGAGGGGGCUAUACAAUAUUUCUGCCUGCUUCGGUAUCUUUAUUAUGGGUGGACCAAGUAUUGUGCAGAUAUUGCAUGCUUAAAUGUGAUUUGCUGUGACAUAUAAUUGAACAGUUACAUUCUUGAAAAAGAAAUGUAAUACAACAUUCAUUUGUGUACGAGUUUUACUCUUUUUGAGAAUGUUUAUAGAAUCGUGUCCCUUGAA